ACGCGUCUAUUGUUUAGUACUUUUUUGCUUUAUUUUGUAAUUUAUUUCUUACUGUGGACAAAGAAUGGCGCCACAAUCGCGAGGAGCAUAAAGACUAUAAAGAAUACCAUCUGACAUUCGAUUUGCCAGAGCAUGCUCGGGAAUGUUGAGAUUCAAACUGUUUGUCCGAAAUUUCAAUUGUCAAACAAUGUAAAGAUUGUAUAUAUGAUACAACAAACGCAAGGAAAAUCAGCUUCGAAAUGGAAGAUCUGCUAGUGACGGAUGCAGCCUCUAUUGAGGAGAGAUUUUUGACAACCGGUUGCGCGAGGCUCGAUGCAAAACUCAAGGGCGGCAUACCUUGCAGGGGUAUCACGCAGAUUUACGGUGCCGCCGGCACCGGCAAGACGCAGUUGGCCCUGCAGUUGUGCCUCACCGUUCAAUUGCCGAUAACCGCGGGCGGUCUCGGAGCUGGUGCCAUAUACAUUUGCACAGAAACUGCUUUUCCCUCAAAACGCUUGCAGCAAUUGCUGGAGAACUCGGAGAUAGCUAAAACUCAUUCUGUGAAUGGGGAUGUGAUACUUGUGAGCCAUAUAGCUACCAAUGAGGAACUGGUGCAGUGCCUGCAACACAAAGUUCCAGUGCUGAUGAAUACUCGUAAAAUAGGAUUGUUAAUCAUCGACUCGAUAGCUGCUCCUUACAGAGUAGAGGACUGGAGAGAUGAGCUACAAGGCAAAACCAAGAGGAGCAUUGGAAGGCAGUUACACGAACUUUGUAAAAAUGACGACUUGUGCGUGAUUUGCAUUAACCAGGUUACCGCGGUUAUAGACGGUCACAGACUUAUUUCUGAAGACGCGGAUGAGCAACCAGCUUUAGGAUUCACAUGGUCGAGUAUGAUAACAACAUCUAUAUAUUUCUACAGAAGGAUCUCGCGAUACGCCUGCGUAAUGCUAGCCUCGCACUUGCCGAGAAUCGCUUUCCCAUUCGAGGUGACCGAAUCUGGUGUCAGGGCGACUGAGUAAAACCUACGAUAUUAUCUGAGUGUAAAUAAAUAAAUCUAAGUGUACGCUAAACAAAAA